CCGGAUUAAAGCCCGUACAAUUGAUUUUAUGAUUGGCGCAAUUGGGUAUUUAAUCGACCCUUCUGUUGGCGUAUGAUAUUAGUCUCACCUCAGCUCUGCGUCGUUGAAGUUCGCAAUUUCUAACGUUCGAUUGACACCAUGCAAUUUAACGGAGGCGAACUCCUCCAACCUGGUCAAAUCAUCCGGCCAAAUGCCGAUACAAAAAUCGCGAUUGAACUUGUGAACCGUUUAUACGGGCUCAAAGUAAAACAGAUCACAGAACUGAACGCCUACGAUGACAAAAACUUCCACGUGAUAUGCGAAGAAUAUUUCCGCAACAAUAUCUUCAUGACAUCAGGUGUGCAGAGAGAUGGCUACGUUUUGAAAAUCACAAACUCCCUCGACUCAAGAAACACGGAUUACAUCGAAGGGCAAACGGAAGUUUUGCUCUUCUUGAACGAGAAGAAGAUGAACGCACCUUGUCCGGUGAAAAAUAUUCAAAACCUCUACUAUUCCCUGGAGAUGAUCGGUGGUAAUUCCAACAAACAUGCUGUCAGACUCCUCACCUACAAGCCUGGAAAAAUGCUCAUGCACUCCCAGGUGUCGGACGAGCUUCUCGAAAACGUUGGUGAAUUUGCUGCGAGACUGGAUAAGACAUUGGAAAAUUUUCAUCACCCCGCUUACGACAAUCAUGUAUCUCUGUGGAUGUUAAAUUGUGUUCCGAAAUUAAAAGAUUUCGUAUUCGCCGUUAAAGAUACCGAUAGAAUAUCGAUGGUGAAUGACAUUAUCUCAAGAUUCGAGGUCGAAGUUAUUAAGAACAUAGGAAAGCUCGAAACUGGUAUAAUCCACGGAGACUUGAACGAGCAAAACAUCCUCGUGAAUGACGACGAGAAAGGGAUUCGGGCUGUUUUAGAUGUCGGCGAUUCCCACAAUUCUUGCUACAUUUUUGAAAUCGCCAUAACGAUGUGCUACAUGCUGUUGCAAACGAAAGACAUCGCUAGGGGAAAGCCGGUACUUGUCGGUUAUCAGAGGGUUAGACAACUUCCAUUUUUAGAAAAAAAAAUUCUCAAAACUUGCGUCUGCGCUCGUAUUUGCCAAAGUCUCGUACUCGGUGCGUAUUCGCAUAUGAGCGAUCCCGAAAAUAAUUAUCUUCUCGCGACCCAAAAGCCAGGAUGGAUUCUAUUGGAAAAAUUAUGGCCUUUAGAUAACGAACAACUUUGGAGUAUUUGGGAAUAAUCAAUUGUGUAUACAUAUAAUUAAGUUUCAUACUCCUCAUUUAAUAAUAAUAUUUAUAUAUAGGCAGUUACAUAUUUACAUAGAUCAUGUAUAGUAUUUGGAUCAUAACAUUCUGCAUACAAAUAAUGAAAAUAAUUACAGUAGAGCGUCGAUAAUCCGGAUCAAUUGAUCAGACCGGACCCAGUCCGGAUUUUCGAACAGAACCAAGGAAAGAAAACUUGCUAAAACCGUUAAUGAUUCACUUUAGCGGUUCAAUAUUUGAAGUAGACGUACAAAACCAUCGAAUAAUUUAAACUUAUAUUAUAUUUUAAUGAUAAAAAAUGUUUAUGCAUUUGCUUCAAAAUUUUUUUAUCACCAGAAUUGACGUCCAGAUUAUAGACGCUCUACUGUAUAAUUAUAAAUGAUAAUAUUAGUGUAAUGGCAAUAAUAAUUGUAAUAAUUGUUUUACAUAUUUAUGUAACUAUAGAUCAUUUUAUAUGUACAAAAACUUAACGCUACUACAUGAAUUAAAUUAUUCAAUCAAUUAAUCAA